UCUUCCCAUCCGCGGAGUGGGCGGCGGGACGUGCGCCAGCCAUGCCGGGGAUGGUGCUGUUCGGCCGGCGCUGGGCCAUAGCCAGCGAUGACUUGGUGUUCCCGGGGGUCUUCGAGCUGUUUCUCCGGGUGCUGUGGUGGCUUGGCAGUCUGACUUUGUACCUCAUGCACAGAGGGAAGCUGGACUGUGCUGGAGGAGUCUUGCUCAGCACCUACUUGAUUGUGCUCCUCGUUCUCCUGGCAGUUAUCAUAUGUAUUGUGUUGGCCAUCGUGUGUGUCAGCAUGAAAGGAACCAUUUGUAACCCUGGACCGCGGAAGUCUAUGUCUAAACUGCUGUACAUCCGCCUGGCGCUCUUCCUGCCAGAGAUGGUCUGGGCUUCGCUGGGGGCCGCCUGGGUAGCGGAAGGCAUUCAGUGUGACAGGACAGUUGUGAAUGGCAUCAUUGCAACCGUCGUCGUCAGUUGGAUCAUCAUUGCUGCCACUGUGGUCACCAUUGUCGUUGUUUUUGACCCCCUGGGGGGUAAAAUGGCUCCACCUUCCUCCAUUGGCCCUGGCCACCUGGAUAGUAAUGAGUCGAGCCAGUUAUUUAAUGGCCUCAAGACAGCAGCCACAAGCGUGUGGGAAACCAGAGUGAAGUUCUUAUGCUGUUGCAUCAGGAAUGAUGACCACACUCGAGUUGCAUUUUCUAGUACGGCAGAGCUUUUCUCAACCUACUUUUCAGAUACAGACCUGGUGCCCAGCGACAUCGCAGCAGGCCUUGCCCUUCUCCAUCAACAGCAGGGUAAUGUCAGUGUCUUGCGGGAGUCUCGAGAGGCAGCCACCUACUCCCCAGGAAAUUCUCAGGAGGCUGAUUUGGAUGCAGAGUUGGAAAACUGUCAUCAUUUCAUGCAGUUUGCAGCGGCUGCCUAUGGGUGGCCCCUCUACAUCUACAGAAACCCAUUCACAGGGCUGUGCAAGAUUGGUGGCGACUGUUGCAGAAGCGCAACAACAGAGUACGACUUGGUUGGAGGUGACCAGCUCAGCUGCCAUUUUGGUUCCAUCCUGAAAACCACAGGGCUGCAGUACAGGGACUUUAUCCAUGUCAGCUUUCACGACAAGGUAUACGAGCUGCCCUUCUUAGUGGCUCUGGAUCACAGGAAGGAGGCUGUUGUGGUUGCUGUGAGAGGGACCAUGUCUCUCCAGGACAUCCUGACCGACCUGUCUGCAGAGAGUGAGAGCCUGGAGCUGGACACCGACAUGGAGGACUGUGUGGCCCACAAGGGUAUCUCUCAGGCUGCCAGAUAUAUUUACCGAAGACUCAUCAACGAUGGGAUUCUGAGCCAAGCAUUCAGCAUCGUACCUGAGUACCGGCUCGUCCUCGUAGGGCACAGCCUGGGUGCUGGAGCUGCGGCCCUGUUAGCCAUCAUGCUCCGGAGCGCCUACCCACAAGUCCGCGCUUACGCCUUCUCCCCACCCAGGGGGCUGUUGAGCAAAUCCCUUUACGAGUUCUCCAAGGACUUCAUUGUGUCACUUGUCCUAGGAAUGGAUGUGAUUCCCAGGUUAAGUGUGACCAACAUGGAGGAUCUGAAGAAAAGGAUCUUGCGAGUGAUAGCUCACUGCAAUAAGCCGAAGUACAAGAUCCUGCUGCGCGGCUGUUGGUAUGGACUGUUCGGGGGGAACCCAGAUAACUUUCCAACCGAACUGGAUGGGGGUGACCAGGAAGCCCUGGCGCAGCCUCUUCUUGGGGAGCAGAGUCUGCUGACACGCUGUUCCCCAGGCUACAGUUUCUCCAGCGACUCACCCCUGGACUCUCCUACCAAGUACCCCCAUCUGUACCCUCCUGGCAGGAUCAUCCACCUGGAGGAGGAGGGCAGCUCAGGGAGGUGUGGCUGCUGUUCUGCUGCUCAGUACAGGGCGAGGUGGUCACACGAAGCAGAAUUUGGCAGAAUACUCAUAGGCCCAAAGAUGCUGACAGACCACAUGCCAGACAUCCUGAUGCGAGCCCUGGACACUGUGGUCACUGACAGAGCAGCCUGCCUCUCCUGCCCAGGACAAGGUGGCUCAAACGUGGACAUGGUGUGACUAGGCCUACAAACUGCCCCAGCACAUAGAACAUGCGCCUUGUUUGUUAAGACUUGCUGAAUGUGAAUGGCUUCUGUGAGGCCAGCACACUGGUGUCCAUCAACAGGAAGCUGAUGGUCACAGUCCAGUGGACUUCAGAGUGACUGAGCAGUCUGUAGCAAGUACUUUGACCAUAGCAUUAACAGGCUCAGGUGCGAGUCACGUGGACAAAGCUCUCCUCGAUGCCUGAGCUCUGCCCCAGAAUCCAGCAGCACCAUCACCUCGUCUCCACGCCCGCCCAGGGUUGUCCUACAGUAGAGUCUGCACUUGAAUGACAGGAGGGCAGUUUACGACUAAGCUUGGUCCACACUGAGCCGAGGGGAGGCCCCGCCCCGCCCCGCCCCUCUGUGUACAAGGCUGUGGGGCUCUAUCUCUGCUGUUUGGUGGCUCAGGCAACUCCAGUUCAUUGUUUUCGUGUGUUCUGGUUCUGAUGCUGCAGAUGAGCUCAGAGGGAACCUUUUUAAAAGUAACUUCCACACUGCAAAUGUCUAUGCAUAAUGUUUCCAGGAACUUUUAUAGCAGUUACCCAAGCUAGCUAGCCCCAAACUUCUAUCCCCCUACCUCAAUCUCCCAGUGCUGGGAUUACACCUGGCUAGCAAGAUACUUUAUCCACCCCCCCCCCCAUCUAUGUAAACACCAAAAAACGUUUUACUCACAUUCUGGUCGGUGACUUAAGAACUUAAGAUUGUAUGAGAGCUGGAUUCACCCACCAGAAGCUCAAUAAAAUGGCAAUAAAAGGACUUCUCUAAAGAGCAUUAACUUGGGUGCUGGAGAGAUGGCUUAGUGGUUAAGGUGGUUGCCUGCGAAGCUUCAGGUUCAAUUCCUGAACACCCAUAUAAAGCCAGAUGUACAAAGCAGUGCACAUGCCUGGAGUCUUUGCAGUGGCUGGAGGGCCUGCCACACCCAUUCUCUCUUCUCUCUCUGCUUAUAAAUAAGAAGCAUUAAUGUAUCCACAAGGAUGAGGAAAGGGAGAGAGAAGCAAUCCAGUAGCUGGAGAAUGAAUCACAGUGGAAAAGAGAAUGCUAACCAGCUAGUGGCUGACAGCCGAGUGCUAAGUGGCGACUGAUCCAUCUGUAAUCCUCAGAGGGAACUUGGACCUCGAGAUAAACCUUGUGUCACAUUUGUGGACUGCUCUGAUAAACCUGCAAAGGGACAUAUUCAAAUAAAGCUUCUACUAAAAUGC